AUGCCCGCAAACCGCAUCCAUACCCUCUCCAAGCGGUAUGAAAAGGCCCUCGUCAUCGGCGUGGGCGAGUUCUGCGGCACAUUCAUGUUCCUGCUGCUGUCCUUUAUGGGAGCGCAGGUGGCCCUCGAGAACAACCCGGCUGCGGAUGGCCACAAGCUGGAGCCGGCCACGCUGCUGUACAUUGCGUCGUCGUUUGGGACGGCGCUGGCGGUGAAUGUGUGGGUGUUUUAUCGCGUUACGGGGGGCAUGUUUAACCCUGCGGUCACGCUGGGACUUGUCCUUGUCGGAGCCGUCAAGCCUCUCCGCGCACUCAUCAUUCUGCCGACGCAAAUCAUCGCGGGCAUCGCCGCCGCGGCCACCGUCUCGGCCCUGCUGCCCGGCCACCUCGACGUGACAAACAGCCUCGGCGGCGGCACAAGCACGGCGCAGGGCCUCUUCAUCGAAAUGUUCCUCACGGCGCAGCUCGUGCUGACGGUGUACUUCCUCGCCGUGGAGAAGCACCGCGCCACGUUCCUCGCGCCCGUGGGCAUCGGCGUCAGCGUCUUCAUCGCGCACCUGGCCGGCACCAACUUCACGGGCACGGGCAUCAACCCGGUGCGGAGCCUCGGCCCGGCGGUGGUGACGGGCAGGUUUGAGGGCUAUCACUGGAUAUACUGGCUGGGGCCGUGCCUGGGCGCAUUGCUGUCCUUUGCGGUGUACUCGCUGCUCAAGGCGCUGGAGUACCAGAUUGCGAACCCGGGCCAGGACGCGGGCGAUCCGGAGACGGCGAAUGAGGAGGCGCUGGCGGUGGAGGAGAUGGGCACGGAAGGGCUGGCGAUUGUGAGGAGCAGGACGAGGAGCGGGAGCGCGGCGAGUGAGGCGCGGUAUAAGAGGGAUGUGGCGAUGAGGAGGGGGAGCGCGGUGGAUGGGAGCGCGGUGAGCGCGGCUGAUGCUGUUUGA